UCGUAUUUUCUUUUUUGCUCAAACGAGCUCAAGUUUCAACCUCGACCUUCUUUAUCCUCCUGACCAAAUCUUUUCAAUUUUCAUUCUCUUUAAAAAUGAGUUACUUCCAAACUGAUAUAUCUGUACCCAAUUUCAAGUUUAGGUUGUAGUUCUAGAGGUGGUGUCCUUUUGUAAUUAUGGGAGGCUGAAAAGCCCAUCACCAUCCAAUGUUUGUUUGCCUGCUCAUGGCCCCUCUCUCCACCCAUCACUCCCAAUCUCGGCAUCCCCAUCCCCCACUCCGUGGUGUUCCCAACGCCGCUGCUAGCCGGAUAACGCUGUAGCAAAGUGAGAAGCUAGAACACCGAUAGCGUUAACAUAGCCACUGUCAACGAGUUUGAAGAUACCGGAACAAAAUAAGGAUUUUAGAUAACCACAUUUGUCCAUCACAUUGAUUUGCAUAUCCACUCCCACCUCUUCCUCAUUUGCAUACAACGAGAAUGGCGAGCGGGCACCCCACUGACAAAUACAGUUUCAUGUACCAACCAGACACGCACAAGAGUAAGAACAGAUUAUCCAGUAUGAAUCCCGUCUACAGUCCUGUUCAGCCUGGAGCUCCCUACGGUAACCCCAAGAACAUGGCCUACACAGGUUACCCAGGAGGUUACCCUACUGCUGCUCACACCUACACACCUAACCUCUACCAAACGGCUAGUCCAGGGUACCCACCAGGAUACACAACAGCGGGUACUCCAUAUAAAGUGCCCCCCACCCAGAUGAACGGAGCCCCCCCGCCCUACUCCCCCUCCCCCAACCCCUACCAAACAGCCAUGUACCCCAUCAGAAGUGCCUACCCCCAGCAGAGCAUGCAGAACCUGCAGAACUUAUAUGCACAGGCAGCAGCGUAUUAUGGCCAGCCAGUGUAUGCGGCCCAGCCCUAUGCGUAUUACACCCAGCCAGUGUAUGCUGCUCAGCCUCAGCCUCAUGUAAUCCACCACACCACAGUGGUUCAACCAAACAGCCUGCCCUCAGCCCUCUACCCCGCCCCGGUCCAAGCCCCUAGAAACAACGGAAUGGCUGCCAUGGGGAUGGUUGCCGGGACCACCAUGGCUAUGAGUGCAGGAACCCUGCUGACCACACCUCAGCACGCUCAGCUGGGAACGCACCAACACGUCACCAUGCCGCAGUUCCGGCCCCAGGGUGCACCUGGAUACAGCUAUGUCCCGCCCCACUGGUAGACCCCCACCCCACGAGAAAUCUGGAGUCCGACAUGGUAUGCAACUACUCCAGUCUUACACAGGCUUCUUAUGGUCACCAUGGCAACCUCACACCUGUCUGCAACAACAAAACUAAAGAGCAACGGACACUUGCUGCACUCUCUAGGGUUUUACAAAAGCUGCUUGAUAUUUUUUGGUUUACUCAACGAUUCUUUUCUUUUCCUCCUUUGAUUGGCCAAUAUGUCGUGUCAUUACAUUGUUUUUUACAUUGUUACAUCAUCAUUGGAACUCCAGAGUGAUUGACCAAUCGCGAGUGUCUGUUGCUCUGCUCGUGUACUGUGUGCUGCUGCUGUGUGUCAGAGGUGGGAAUGUACUGGCCACGUCCUG